GGCAGAGGUAAAUGAGCACUAGUUGUCUUGAACGUAACUCGGUCGGUGCUUGUCGUUGUGCAACGUAACCAUUUCACAAAAUCAUUGUGGGAGUUAAAGCAGGGGACCGACUCAACAUAAUUUCCUCUAGAUCAUCAGUGCCAUGCUGCUUCUCAGACGCUGUCACAGCCUGACUCGAUUUGUCUCUUUCAAUACUCACAGGUAUCAAGUAGCACCUGCUGUGGCAUGGUGUGCGGCUCGUCUCUUGAGCAGCAGCAGUGAAGAGCAGAGAUGGUACAGACAUGCACAUGGGCCCAGGUGGAGACAUGCUGUGGCAGGACUGCUGGCUGGGACAGGUGCUGUUCUGGCUUAUGGCCUCCACCAUCACCAGGCUGAGCAGUCAGACUCCGUCAGCGUGCAGACCGUAGAGCAGACCUCGGCUCUCCCAGUCUUCACCCAGGAAGAGGUCCACAGUCACCGCACUGUGGAAGAUGGCGUGUGGGUCACAUACAAAGGUGGUGUCUACGACAUCACAGAGUUUGUGGCCAUGCACCCAGGUGGGGAGAAAAUCUUGCUGGCAGCAGGAGGAGCUCUUGAACCCUUUUGGGCACUUUAUGCUGUACACAACUCAGAACAUGUGCUUGAAAUCCUCUCAGAGUAUAAGGUUGGUGAGCUGAGUGCGGAGGACCAGAAGAAGCAGCAGACUGUUAAAUCAUCUGAUCCUUACUCCUCUGAUCCUGAGCGUCACCCUGCAAUGAGGAUCAACAGCCUGAAGCCCUUCAACGCAGAGCCGCCUCCUGAAAUCCUCUCUGACAGCUACAUCACCCCCUCUGCUAUCUUCUUCAAGAGAAACCACCUGCCUGUCCCUCAGGUGGACCCUGAGUCUUAUCAGCUGCAGGUGGAGGUGGAGGGGCAAUCUGAAGGAGGGCUGUCAUUAUCUUUGAAAGAUUUAAAGACCAAGUUCCAGAAACACACAAUCACAGCUACGCUGCAGUGUGCUGGAAACCGCCGCUCUGAAAUGAACAAGGUGAAGCAGGUCAAAGGACUGAACUGGGGCAUCGCUGCCAUCAGUAAUGCUACGUGGAGUGGUGCGAGGCUCAGGGACGUUCUGAUGGCUGCUGGUUAUCGUUCCAACAUGUCUCAGAAGAUGCGUCAUGUUCAGUUUGAAGGACUGGAUAAAGACGUGACUGGGACAACCUACGGUGCUUCCAUUCCUCUAAACAAAGCCCUUAGUGAGGAAGGUGAUGUGCUCCUUGCUUAUGAAAUGAACGGUGAGGAUCUCCCUGCUGACCAUGGCUACCCUGUGCGUGUCAUAGUCCCGGGCACGGUCGGCGCUCGUAAUGUUAAAUGGUUGGGAAAGAUCAUCGUGAGUGCAGAAGAGAGCAGUAGCCACUGGCAGCAGAACGACUACAAGGGCUUCUCCCCUGGGACCGACUGGGAUACAGUGGACUUCAAGAGUGCCCCAGCCAUCCAAGAGCUUCCCAUCCAGUCAGCCAUCACCACACCAGCGGAUGGCACCGUGGUGGAUCGCAGCUCUGAGGAGGUGACGGUGAAAGGCUAUGCCUGGAGCGGCGGGGGCAGAGAGGUGGUGCGUGUGGACGUCUCUGUAGAUGGAGGGAAGACAUGGCAGGUGGCCCAGCUGAGGAACAGCGAGAAGGGACAAGAACCUCAACCUUCACCACCACCAGGAAGAGCGUGGGCGUGGAAGCUGUGGGAGGUGACGGCUCCUCUUCCUCCAGAGGCUCAGGAGAUUGAGAUUGUUUGCAAAGCAGUAGACAACAGUUACAACAUGCAGCCAGACACGGUACCUCCCAUCUGGAACCUGCGGGGCGUGCUGAGUAAUGCCUGGCAUCGAGUGAAGGUGAAGAUCAGAGAGGACGAGAGCGAAGAAUAGACUUUGUCAUCAUCAUUCAGAAUCCAAAGGUUACUGACAAAGAGUGGUCAGAGUUGUCAUUGGAAAAAAAACAUUUUCAGAGAGAGACUUUUGAAGUAACACUACAGAUCUAUCAGGUUAUUUUGGAAUAUUUAUAAGAACUUGCUGCCUGAGAGAUUUGAUGCAUUUCAGUGCUAACUAAGCUAAAGACUAACAAAGACCAAACCAAAACAUGACCAGUUUUAUCAAAUGAGGAUCCACUGACACUUGAGUCUUAAGGGAACGGGUUUUAAAUCAUUCUGAGUCACUGUGAUUUGCUCAAAUGGAGAUUUUAUUUUUGUGCGCACAAUGAAUGAAAUGUGUCAAAUAACUUGUGUUUUAUUAACAUGCAUCCUAAUUUAAAACCUUGUUAUAAUAUGAAGAAAUCUCACUCAGAUAUGGAUGAGUAUUAGACUUAUUGAAGUGUCAUAUCUAAGCAUGAAUACGACUACAAAUUCAUGAAGUGUUUGAGGUACUUUAGAGUUAAAGCAAUGUUUACAAAGACUUGAAAUGACUUAUGUUUUAAAACUUUGGAAGUAUUUUUCUAAUCUACACUUAUUGUUUUUUGCUGCUAAAUCAGAUCCGUAGGUGAGGAGACAAUGAAGUAACUCUUUUCAGUCAGUGGUCAGAUCGUCAAUGCUUGCUUUUAUUUGAAUGAAAAUCAGAGCUGUGAACCAUUUCUUUGACAAUUAGCCUUCUCAAUCUGAUUCAAGGUGAUAGGAAGCACAACCAUAUGCUACUUAGAUCUAGCUUUAGUGCUUCUCUUCAGCACUGUUUUGACAUGAUGUGAGUUUUGUCUACUUUUAAACAAGAAUAGUAUGAAGAAGUUCACUUUAAUAUUUCUGAUUUUAGGAUGUCUUUGAAUUUUGCAGCUUCUUUUUGUUGUUCCCAUGUCUCUUAAAAAAGCAGUCGUAUUUAUGUUAAAUCUCUUGAGUCAUACCCACACCCUAAUCCAAAAGCUGCCAAAUCACAUCAUGCCAAGCAGCACACUUAUGUGUUGUUUGAAAUGUAUCUUAUUUUUUCAAGAUGUCUAAUAAAGAUAUAA